UGUGCACUUCCUGUUUCGUAUUUAACCAGUGCUCUGUGAGAGAGGAAGACAUCAUUUCAGCUGACAAGCAAAAUGGCUACUUGGUUUCCUGUGAGUCAGUUGCUCCUUGUUGCACUGUUAAGCUGGAGUGUCCUUUGCUUUCCUGCUAAAAAAGGCUGGAGCCAGCAUGAUCCUUAUGAGGGUGGCUUCUCUAACAUGGCGGCCCCUCCUGGCCUCCAUUAUGGCUCAUCCCAAGGUGCUCCUGCUCAGCCUUCCAGUGUGAGUUCCCCUGCUGCCUCAUACCCAUAUGCAUCAGAGGCGGGAGUGUAUCCUAGUGCUGGAGGCUAUCCAGGAAGCUCCGGUCCUGCUCCAGGCAUGUCCAGUGUUGGUUCAUGGAAUGCUGCCCCUGCUUGGUCUCCUGUGGAAGAGUCUGGCUUCACCAUGUCCGGAACAUCUCAGCCCACACCUGACAUUGGCUUUCCCGCUCCACCUUUCUAUCAAGCUGGCGAGCUCGACCACUACCAAUCAAACAUGGAGCACGGUAAUUCAGAAGUAGAAUCUGAAGAGCUGAGUCUUCCUUUGCCGCCGCCUCCUCCUCCUCUUCCUCCAUUUCCAGAGCCUGGCUACCAGGCUGGUGAGUUGAGUCAUUACGAGUCAACCUUUGAGCAUGGAAACGAAGAGCGGGAAACAGAAGAACAAGGUUUCAUGCCACCACCUCCCUUUGCUCCGGUGCCACUUGACGCCGAGGCAGUUGCUUCCACGUUGGAAGGCCCCACGCAGCCAGCUCCACAAGCGCUGACACCACUUAAACCGAGCUUCUACUACCGCUUCUUGACCGGUCAGCUUCCUCCUGGCACUUACACUCACUUUCAGUCCAACUAUGAGCAAGGAAGCGAUCACUGGGAUGAAGAUCACUAUGAGAGAUACCACUACCCUGAAGUUCAAAGUCCGGCCAACCCCAGCCAGACUCAGCAGGACUACCAAAAUUCAAAAGGACUGUAGGACUUUGAAACAACUUGAAGCAGCUGAGGUUAAAGGCGACUCUAGUCUCAUUUACUCCGUGUAUCUUGGGGUUUGUGCUCAAGUUGCU